CUUGUGGUCUCACUAACAACAAACAUGGUGCGGCAUGGUGUGAUCAGUGAUAAAAUGUGUCACUUGGACAAUCACCCGAGAUUGACCGACCACUACGCCGGUAUUAUUAUUAUUACUUUGUUAAGUUACGGUUUAAUUGCCGACGGAUGUUACUGACAAGAGCACGCUGUCAAAGACUUGCUGACUUGUAUUCUGUUAAAGUUGUCAUUUUUUUCAACGCACUUGCUGAUAGAUCACGGUGACUGCCUGCAGAAGGUUUAAAAUCGCAGAGAAGUUGGUAGAUCUACCAAGCUCAAGAUGGAUUUGUUGCGUUCAGUGUCCCACCCUGACGAAAUACUGGCAUUAGUGCGCUACAAGCUGGGAGACUGUCGGGCUGUCUUGCCACAAUGCGAUACGGAGUUGAUGACCCCGACUCUGAGAAAGUGUUACGAGUACCUGAGGCUGACGAGUCGGAGCUUUGCUGCUGUCAUACAGGCCCUGGACGAUGAACUGAGGGAUUCAGUGUGCAUAUUUUACCUGGUUCUGCGAGCUCUGGACACUGUUGAAGAUGACAUGACAAUCCCCAACGAAGUGAAGCUGCCCAUCCUCAAGUCCUUCUACAAGAACCUGCUGGAUCCCGACUGGUGCUACACAGACAGCAAGGAGAAGGACAGGAUAGUGCUGGAAGACUUCCCUACGAUAUCCUACGAAUUCCGCAAGCUGUCCAAAAUAUCAAAGGAAGUGAUAUCAGACAUAUGUCGGCAGAUGGGGGAAGGCAUGUGCGUGUACAUGGAGAAGAAUGUAGAGACUCUGGCAGACUGGGACGAGUAUUGUCACUAUGUGGCUGGCCUCAUCGGAAUUGGUCUAUCAAAGCUGUUCUCUGCUUCUGGUCUUGAAGGGGAGUUUGUUGGGAGAGAUUUGGAUCUGGCCAACAGAAUGGGUCUCUUCCUUCAGAGGACAAACAUCAUUCGCGACUACCUGGAGGACAGUGAGGAGGGCCGUGAAUUCUGGCCCAAACAGGUAUGGAGCAAGUAUGCCAAAAAUCUCCGCGAUUUUGCUGACCCCUGUCACAGAGGUGAAGCUAUCAGUUGCCUGAAUGAUCUGAUCAGUAGAACCCUGGAACUCAUCCCUGACUGUAUCAAGUACAUGUCUCAACUACAGAACAAGUCUGUCUUUCAGUUUUGUGCAAUCCCUCAGGUGAUGGCUAUUGCUACCCUGGAGCGGUGCUACAACAAUCCAAGUGUCUUCACUGGUGUCGUCAAGAUCAGGAAGGGGGAGGCAGUGAAGAUGAUCAUGGGGUCGAACUCCACAGAGAAGGUCAAGGCCAUCAUGGUUCACUUUACUAAUGAGAUAUCAAGUCGCAUUCCUGCCCGUGAUCCAAAUGCAGAGAGAACUAGAAAACUGUGUGAAGAUGUCCUGGCCUGCUGCAAGACAAAACAGGAGUUCACCACGUCAAGCAUCUACCCUCCCCUCUACAUGUCCUGUGCCAUGAUGCUGGCAGCCAUCUCCUACAACUACUGGUCCCAGAUAGAGGCCGUCUAUCACUCGAUGACGUAACAACUGGGAUAGAGGCCCUCUAUUGUGUGUCCUGUGGCAGCCUUCUCCUACAACUACUGGUCCCAGAUAGAGGCCGUCUAUCACUCGAUGACGUAACAACUGGGAUAGAGGCCCUCUAUUGUGUGUCCUGUGGCAGCCUUCUCCUACAACUACUGGUCCCAGAUAGAGGCCGUCUAUCACUCGAUGACGUAACAACUGGGAUAGAGGCCCUCUAUUGUGUGUCCUGUGGCAGCCUUCUCCUACAACUACUGGUCCCAGAUAGAGGCCGUCUAUCACUCGAUGACGUAACAACUGGGAUAGAGGCCCUCUAUUGUGUGUCCUGUGUCAUGAUGUUGACAGACAUAUCGAACAACUACUGGUCGCAGAUAGAGGCCGUCUAUCACUCGAUGACGUAACAACUGGGAUAGAGGCCCUCUAUUGUGUGUCCUGUGUCAUGAUGCUGGCAGCCUUCUCCUACAACUACUGGUCCCAGAUAGAGGCCGUCUAUCACUCGAUGACGUAACAACUGGGAUAGAGGCCCUCUAUUGUGUGUCCUGUGUCAUCAUGUUGACAGACAUAUCCAACAACUACUGGUCGCAGAUAGAAGCCGUCUAUCACUCGAUGACGUAACAACUGGGAUAGAGGCCCUCUAUUGUGUGUCCUGUGUCAUCAUGUUGGCAGCCAUCUCCUACUACUACUGGUCGCAGAUAGAGGCCGUCUAUCACUCGAUGACGUAACAACUGGGAUAGAGGCCCUCUAUUGUGUGUCCUGUGUCAUCAUGUUGGCAGCCAUCUCCUACUACUACUGGUCCCAGAUAGAGGCCGUCUAUCACUCGAUGACGUAACAACUGGGAUAGAGGCCCUCUAUUGUGUGUCCUGUGUCAUGAUGUUAACAGACAUAUCCAACAACUACUGGUCGCAGAUAGAAGCCGUCUAUCACUUGAUGAUGUAACUACUGGGAUAGAGGCCCUCUAUUGUGUGUCCUGUGCCAUGAUGUUGAUACUGGUGGCAGAUAGAGGUUCUCUAUAUUCAUAUCCACAACUAUUUAUCUCAGGCAAAGGCACAGAUGCCAGUUGUCUAAGGAGUAGUUCCUUUUUUCAAGAGUUCCCAGGAUGCAAUAAUUGUGGGAUCUGAGAUCUGCAUCACUUUGGGCUUUCCUCUCACAUUAAGCAGAUAUUUUUUAAAUACUUUUGUAAUCAUCUUGCAUUUGAUUUCAUGAGGUCAGAGUAGUUGCAGAUGGUUUUGUGAAACAUGGUCUAAAUUUAACCAACAUCCUAUCAAUUCGCUUGAUUCCCAAACAAGACUUAAAGAAUGAAAGCAUGAGUUGUUUCUGUUAUUGCAUUUGGUGCAAGUAGAUGUCUGGUAGUAUAUGUGAGUAUUUGUGUUGCUUUAUGCCAUUCCAUGCUGAAGGUGAGUGAUUAUAUGUAUAUAUGUGUGUUGUGAGAGAGAGAUCAGAACCGCAGUAUCAUUGUGUGUGGAGAUUGCCAGUGUUAAUAACAUGAGCCAGGCGCAUUGGGUGCUCCAAGGGUUUCAUUUGAGGUCAAAAUAUUCCAAGGUUUUUCUUUUGAGGGGAUGUUGAUGUCCCAAGGUUUUGGUUGAGGUCGGGGAAUGUUACACAGUUAAAGGUGAGGCCACCUGGGUGUUCCGUGACGUACAGGAGGUCACAGAGCACCUGAAGUAGUUUGGCUUUCUUUUGAAAUCCCUGGGGUGCUCAAAGCUUUUAUAUUAGGUAUGUUGGGUGUUCAAUUCAUUAUUAUGAGGUCACAAGAUUUCAUUUACAUCUCCUGUUCACACACUUUUUAGACACUGGCAGUGUGGUUUCAAUAUUGUGUGUUUUAUCAUUUUCUGUGAUACAUGGUGCUUUAACAAUAAAAUGUUACAUUAUGGAGAAA